CCUCCCUCCCUCCUUCCCCGGCCGGGCUGCCUCUGCCUUUUCCCGGGGGCUGCCAAGUCUCCGUCGCCGAGCCCGACUUCGAAGGCAAGGCGAGGGGGAAAAAAAGGAGCCGGCGGGGGGCAGCGCCUCGACCGGGCUGGGGGCGCCCUCCCUCCCUUCGUCCCUCCUCCGCGGACCGCGAGCAAGAGCCCCGCGAACGAGGGCCCCCUCCCCGCCGCCGCGCCAAGCAUGCCCGCCCGCCCGGGCUUCCUCGCCCGGAGCCCGUCGCUCCUUUCUCUCCUUCUCCUCUUCCUCCUCGGAGCCUCCUUCUCCUCCGCCGAGCCCCGCUCGCGAAGUUGCUCCGAAGUCAAGCGUCUCUACGUGGCCAAAGGCUUCAGCCAGAACGAGGCGCCCAGCCACGAGAUCAAUGGCGAUCACUUGAAAGUCUGCCCUCAAGGCUAUACAUGCUGCUCCCAAGAAAUGGAAGAGAAAUAUGGCCAGCAGAGUAAACACGACUUCCGCAACGCCGUUGUCGAGCUCAGCAACAAUUUGCAAGCCGUUUUCAGCUCCCGGUACAACAAGUUUGACGGUGAGUUUGGCGAACCCUUAAGAAAAAAUACCUCUCUGUUUCUUUUAUGGGGGCUUAAUGGGUGCAUCUACACUCUCAAGCUCCAAGUGACCCGGGCCUUUGUUUGCGCCAGGACCUUUGCCCAGGGCCUGGCCGUGGCCAGAGACGUCAUCGGCAAGGUGUCCCCGGUCAACCCCACCCCGCAGGGCGUCCAAGCCUUGCUGAAGAUGAUGUACUGUCCACACUGCCGGGGAUUGGUGGCCGUCAAGCCCUGCUACAACUACUGCUUCAAUGUCAUGAGGGGCUGCCUUGCCAACCAAGGAGAGCUGGACACUGAGUGGAACAACUUCAUAGAUUCGAUGUUGAUGGUGGCCGAACGGCUGGAGGGACCGUUCAACAUUGAAACCGUCAUGGAUCCCAUUGACGUGAAGAUCUCCGACGCUAUCAUGAACAUGCAAGAAAACAGCAUGCAAGUGUCCCAAAAGGUUUUCCAAGGAUGUGGACAGCCCAAAAUGCUGGCCCAAAGCCGGACGUCUCGCUCGGUCUCGGAAAGCAGUUUCAGCGCCCGUUUUCGUCCUUACAACCCGGAGGAGCGGCCAACAACAGCAGCAGGAACGAGUUUGGAUCGGCUGGUGACAGACGUGAAGGAAAAGCUGAAGCAAGCCAAGAAGUUCUGGUCCUCCCUUCCCAGCAAUAUCUGCAGCAACGACAAAAUGGCCGCCGGGAAUGUCAACGAAGACGAGUGUUGGAACGGGAGUGACAAAAGCAGAUACGUCUUCGCCGUGACGGCCAAUGGCCUUGCUAACCAGGCAAACAAUCCCGAAGUGGUGGUUGACACCUCCAGGCCCGACAUGGUGAUUCGCCAGCAGAUCCACUCCCUUCGAGUGAUGACCGCCCGAUUGAAGAGCGCCUACAACGGGAAUGACUAUUUGGAUCCCAUCGACAGUGACAUGGGCAGCGGCGAAGGCAGCGGCAGCGGAUGCGGGUCGGCGCAGUGCUCCCCGGAGCUCGUGUUCAACGCGACAGAAGUCACGCGGAACACCAACAAAAUGGACAAAAAGGCCAACGCUUCGCCCAGCGGUGCCAACCUCUCGCAAGCGGCCCUCUUCCUUAGCAUCGCCUUAUUCCUGGCCGGACAGAGACAAUGGAGAUAAUAACUGGGGGGCGCAGCAAUGUCGGUUCUUGUUUUUUGAAGGGCGGGGGGGAGAAAGUGACUUUUAUUAAAAAAAUAAUAAUUAAUUAUAAUUAUAAUUAUAUAGUUAAAAAGAGGCACCUGAGUUCACUUUGAUGCCAUCGGAGUGACUUUGGGGCGGGCGGAAGGGUCCUUUGUAAGACAACGAUGUACAGUUUUUAGGAUGUUGUCCCUUGGUUUUAAAAUUUUUCUAUUAUUAUUUUAUUUUUAUUUUUUUCUGUCCCCAAGUUUUGGAGGGAAAAGAGGGAGGGAUUUACACUCUUGCACACACACGUUCAAGGAUUUGGACCUGUUGACCGAGGAAACCACAAUAAAUGUGGGGAAACAAAAA